ACGUCCUGUGCGGAUAGACAGAUAGAUGCCCUUACAGUCAGAAUCAUAGCUCCACAGCCUUAAUAUUUUCUGUAUGUAAAAAGGCGUUUUAAAGUCGGGGAGAGAAGCAGCAGCAUGCAGCGGAGUGCAGUGGUCGUGGUGGCGGAUAAAACGAGCCUGAAAAGGCCGUUUAUUUUCGCAAACGCUGUACAUAUGGCGCUGUGCUUCUUCAUGUUGACCAUGACAGUAGCUUGGCAUAGAGAUCUCAUACAAACCGGCAAACUGGUGUCCACUGUCUCUGUCGUGAUCAUGUACGUGGUGGAGAUCGGCUGCCUGCUGCUCUCAGUGCUCGGUGUGAUCGGAGCGUGUAAAGGAAAGAGAUGGUGUUUGAUUCUGUAUGCAACUGGGAUGGCAGCAGCGAGUCAAACAAUAAUUGUCAGAACAGCACUAAGUUACCAAGACGUUUAUGAGAAACGUGUGGUCCGUGAGGAGGCCAAGCUGCUGUCCAUGAUGCCACUAACUGGGACCAGCAAAGCCAACAGGACCCUGCUGUAUAGUAUUCAACAACAGUUUGAGUGCUGUGGUCUCAUUGAGGGCUAUAAAGACUGGGGCUCUAACAUCCCUGCCUCCUGUAACUGUCAUUAUCCAGGGAAAUGUAUUCGACUACGGGGCAGCGCCACACUCGGGGCUCCAAAGAACCAGUAUGUUUAUCAGCAGCCUUGCCUACCAAUUUAUGUUUCUGAACUAAAGCUCGCAUUCUCAUUGGCGAUGGCUGUACAAUUUGGAAGUGGAGUGUUUUGGGGGGUUCUCCUCGUUAUGAGCAUCAAGCUGAUGGGCCAGAUAAGAAGGAAGCAGGAGUUCAUGGCUCUUCUCCAAUCAAACAGAUAUGUUCCUGGUGCCUUCUAGUCACCUCGUAUGUUUUGAUACACACCUCAAAUUAUUAUCAAGCAUACCUUAUUUGUAUUUGCACAUUAUGCUGUAUACCAUAACCUGGCUAUUUUGUGCAAUGGCAACAUUAUAAUGUUCCGUUUAUGCAUGUAACUGAUAUUGAAAAGUAAUCUACAUGCAUAGAUCCAUUUCCUUUGCCUUACUGCUGUAAAAAAACAUUGCAGUUUAAUGAAAUUAAUAUUUAAUAAUCAGCACAUUUUCAAAUGCUUUUGUCAUCUCACUGAAAUUAUAUUUGAAAUUAAUAUCUUACUCAGCAUUAACCAGCCAUCUGUUUAGUUUGAGUAGCUGGAGCCGAUCCCGGCGUUGUGUUAUUUUCUUAACGUGUUGUCUUAUCUGGAUGAUAUUCCGAUAUUAUUUAUAUCCUUCAUACUUCGACACAUUACUGAGUCUUUAAAAAGACAAGAUAAUAAUCUAAAUGCAUUUACUGUACUUAAAAUGUUAUCAAAUAAUCAAUGAAUGGGUUUAAUUUAACACUUGUCAACUGGACCAACACACAUAUUUAAAUAUUCGUACUUGUCUUAAGCUCAGUCAUUGAAUCUCCAGCAUUAGAGCAACCAAUAAUCUUUGAGCAAAUAAUAAUAUUAAUAACCCUUAUGUAGCACCUUUCUUAAACAGUGUUUACAAAGUGCUUUGAUUGAAAUAUAAUCAUUUAUUUAUUAUCGAGCAAUGUAUUUUCUUGGGUAAAUAAUCAGGUUGGGCAAUGGAAUGAGCUCUCAUUGGGACAACAGAAUGUCUUGAUGCCUUGUUAUGCACAAUGUAUAUUUGAAACUUCAUCACUCCAUUCAGUUGUUCUUAAAGCACAUUAAGUGGGUGAAGGACACCCACGACAAGGAGAGAGGAUUCUGUUCGGUUGCACAUUCAGUAGACAAAUUUUGAUUUCAAGGUUUGGAGGAAUUUUGGCGAGGCCACUGCAGACAGGCUGUGAGAGGCUCGUGUAGGAAAACGUGUCACCAAUAUUCUUGCAGAGACUUGGAUGUCCCGACUGAUGCCACUCUCACCGAAGAAGCCUUUACGCCACAUCACUCCUAAUAUGACUCGCUGCAUGAGCUGCCUGCGGUUGAAAUGUCUCCUUGACACGAAUUUCAUCUGAAACAGCAGAUCCAACGUCUACCUGUGCACUUUAACCAUUAAUGCCUAAUAUACAAUAUGUUCUUGCAAAGUAUGGUAUUUUUAUUUCUGUCAUACACUGUUUUUUUAAUUUAUGGAAUGAACUUCUGUAAUAUUUUGUAAAUAGAGGGAAUAAAAUAUGUGAUUCUUG